AUGUCUUCACACGAUGUUUUGAUACACUCAGAUGAUCCGCGCCAUCCAGCAAAUCUCAUUUGCACUCUUUGCAAGCAAUUUUUCUAUAAUAAUUGGUGCACUGGGACUGGCGGUGGUAUUUCAAUAAAGGACCCUAAAACGAACUAUUAUUAUCUCGCACCAUCCGGGGUGCAGAAGGAGAAAAUGACUCCUGAUGAUUUGUUUGUCAUGGAUGCUGAAACGUUGGAGUAUUUGCGCUCUCCUGAGCUUUACAAGCCAAGCGCAUGUACCCCAUUGUUCUUAGCGUGCUAUCAAAAGAAAGAUGCAGGUGCCAUAAUACAUACACACUCCCAAAAUGCCGUGAUAUGCUCCUUGAUCUUUGGUGAUGAGUUCAGGAUAGCUAACAUUGAACAAAUUAAAGCGAUUCCAAGUGGAAAGGUGGAUCCAGUGACUAAGAAACCCAUUGCACUAUCUUUUUUUGAUACGCUGAAGAUUCCCAUUAUUGAAAACAUGGCACAUGAGGACGAGUUGAUCGAUGACCUGCACAAGACUUUUAAAGAUUAUCCAGAUACAUGUGCUGUAAUAGUGAGGAGGCAUGGCAUUUUUGUUUGGGGGCCCACGAUCGAUAAGGCCAAGAUUUUUAACGAAGCCAUCGAUUAUUUGAUGGAGCUGGCCAUAAAGAUGUACAAAAUGGGGAUUCCUCCCGACUGUGGCAUUGGAGAAGAGAAGAAGCAUUUGAAGAUGGCCAGUCCGUGA